GAUUUUUGACAGACGUCAUAACAAAAAUUGUUUAUUUCUCCUUCAACAUACAAUUUUAGGAUAAAAAGUCUGAAAAAUAUAAACGCAAAACGCAACGAUGGAAGAAACUAAGAAUUCAAAUCCUUUAGAUUUAAAUGGUUCCAAUUUUAAUGCAAAUAUGUAUUUAGAUAAAUUAUUCAAGGAAUGUAACUUAAAACAAAUAAUGGAUCACGAAAAUGAGAUAAUCAGAGAUACCCAGACUUUACAUUCUGACAUGCAAACUUUAGUCUAUGAAAAUUACAACAAGUUCAUAUCAGCAACAGAUACCAUCAAAAAAAUGAAGAAUGAUUUCAAAGAUAUGGAAACUGAAAUGGAUUUACUUGCAGAAAAUAUGGACUCAAUUACUUCUUAUGCGGAAAAAAUAAAUUCAACACUUCAAGGAAGUAGACAAAAAAUCAGUAAAUUAUCGGGAAUUCACACACUUUUACAACGUUUACAGUUCCUAUUCAAACUACCUGCUACACUGAAAAGUAGAAUGGAGGAAAAAAAUUACAAUCAGGCAGUCCAAGACUACACGCAUGCACAGAGAGUUCUCAAACAGUAUGGAGAUUUACCUUCGAUCCAAGGAAUUAAAUCAGACUGCGAUGUAAUUCUCAAAGAAUUGAGAGAUGAACUACGCCAGCAGUUCUGUUAUCCAAACACAACAACAAAAGAAAUGGCAGAUUCUGUAGAUCUUCUCCUGCAAUUAGACGAGCCAGCAGAACAACUCUGUGAGGAUUUUUUGAAAUGUUCAGAACAGAGAUUGAGUGAGCAACUAGUCAUGCUCAAAGAUCAGAGCGAGCAGAAGGACAUUAGUGAGUUCAUGGAUUUAGGAUGCAAUGGAUUCUUCAACGAUUUGUGCCUGGUUGUUGCCUCAUUUUAUGAUAUGUUCAUUAACAGCAGUCGGAAAUUGGAUAAUAUAGAAAACAGUGAAGUAUUUGAAAAUUUUGCUGCUAAAGAAUUGAGGUCUUUUGUGAAGGAAAAUAUGGAAAAGUAUUUUCAGCUAGUUCAACAUAAAGUUGAUUCGGAGCAAGAUGCAAAUGAUACAACAAUUUUAGUCCAGGCACUUGACAAAUUUUACAGGGGUGUUGAAGGUCAUAUGCUGUAUCCUAACGUUGAUUUUAUUGAACGAGCUACUGAUGUUGUUGUUAAUGCGGGUAGAAAGCAAUGCAAAGCUCAUUUGCAAGUGUUGAAGAUGCAUUUCAAUGAUUCUCUCACCAAAGUCAGACAGUGUCUUACGACUCCCAAACUAGUAAACGAAGAAGAUGUUUCUAAAAAUUUAACCGAGUUAUUGAACUCUGUCAUUCAAACUAUCGUAGAAAAAGUGAAGGGGGUAUUGCAGGAUCUUUGUGCUUUCAUACAUCCCGAUAUAGCGUUUUCACAGAAAAACAAUUUCAAAGACAGUUUCUGUGUUGACAAUGUGAGAGAAGGUUUAAUCAUCUGCUUUCUGCAUCACUUGACAGCAACCGCGAGAGUUUUCUGUACUACUGUUCACACAGACCCGAAAUUUCCGCCUACUCUGCUUCUACUACUCUCGAAAUUAUGUGUGGAAUUUAGGAACGGACAUGUCCAGCAUCUGCUCACGUUGACCGAUGAAUUAUUCCAUAUUAAUUUGAUGCAUCUGAAACCUAACCCCGCUUUGACAAACGAAAAUGAGAUAGAGACAUCUAUGCAGGAAUCUGCUCAAGAAUUGCUCAAUCAUUAUGUGAGGAUUCAGGGACUUAAUGUAUCUCAAAUGCUACGAAAGAGUGUGGAAACACGAGAUUGGCUGCAUACAAUAGAACCUAGGACAGUUAGGGCUGUCAUGAAAAGGGUUGUGGAAGAUAUAGCUGCAAUCGAAUCCACCAUAGCCUUAUUUUACGAAGACCAAGGAACAAGCACAGAGCAUAGCAGCGAUUCUAGUAGGAAACAACAAGGCCUCUCCAUCAGUAGACAUCAGACUCGUUCGAAUUGGUCAAAUUAUACCCCUAGUCACUUGGAUUCCACUCUUGUUUCUAACAUGCACAGAAUCUUCAGCGAGAAGAUCGAAAUAUUCUCCACGGUUGAGUUCAACAAAAUUUCAAUUUUGACUGGGAUCAUAAAAAUAAGUUUGAAGACCUUCAUGGAGUGUGUGCGUUUGAAGACUUUCAGUAAAUAUGGGCUGCAGCAAAUACAAGUGGACACUCAUUAUUUGCAGCUGUAUUUAUGGAGAUUUGUUGCAGAUGAAAACAUUUUGUACUUUUUGCUGGAUGAAAUUUUGGGCUCUGCUGUUCAUCGUUGCUUGCAACCUGUGCUCAUGGAACCUAGUGUUGUCGAUAUUAUCUGUGAAAGAGGAUAAUUUUUUCCUAUUCAAUGAAAUUGAAGUAUUAGCAAUUCUGAUUAAUUUUAAUUGUAAUUUAUUAUUUAAUUGUUUUUUCACUGUAAUUUAAUAAAAUGAUCUGUUUAUUGGAGGUUAUAAAUAAAGUAUUUAUUUGUUGACUAA